UCUUUGCAACCGGUGACUUGAGCCGAUUUUCUAGUAGUGAGUGCAGCAGCCAGCAGGUAGUACCACAAGCGACGCAGUACCAAAGAGUAGCAAAAGCAAAUAAACCAGAGUACAUACUCUUGCAGGUAGCAGUAGUGCCAAUCCAAGCUGUAGGAAGAAGAAUGGCCAGCGUCAAUGGCUGCGACGACUUGCAUGUUCGAGUUGUGAGCCGGCGCCUCGUGAAGGCCUCCGCCUCCUCCGUAGAGCCGCGCGUCCUCGCCGUCUCCAACCUGGAUCUGAUCCCGCAGACCAUGCCGGUCUCCAUGUUCUGCGUCUACCCCAGGCCGUCCACCGGCGACUUCGACGCCGUCGUCGCAGCCUUCGAGGCCGGCUUGCCUUCCCUGCUGGCUUUCUUUUUCCCACUCGCCGGCCGCAUCGCGACCAACCGGAGCUCCGGCCUCCCCGAGGUCAACUGCGGCAACCAGGGCGCGGAGCUCGUGGUCGGAGAGGCCGCCGUGCCGCUGGCGAGCCUGGACUUCGGCACAAUGAGCGCGUCGCUACGGAGGAUCCAGCAGCCGUUCGCCGGCGACGUGGCGCUGUCGGUUCAGGUCGUGUCGUUCGCGUGCGGCGGCUUCACCGUGGCGUGGUGCACCAACCAUGUCCUCGUGGACGGCAGCGCGCUGAGCCUGCUCGUCAACGCGUGGCCCGAGCUCGCGCGGUCGGGGACGCUCGCCGCGGGAGCCCGGCCGAGCCACGACCGCUCGGCGUUCCUCCCUCGGGCGGCGCCGUUCUACAGCGCCGCGCUGGACGAGGCGCUCACGCCGUUGGAUGGCGAGAGACAGGUCAACGUCCUCACGACCAGGCAAAGCUUCGUCGAGCGCCUGUUCUACAUCGAGGCGUCCGACAUCGCGCGGCUGCGCGAGGAGGCGAGCCGGGACGCCGGCGAUCGUCGCGCGACCCGCGUGCAGGCGGUCUCGGCCUACGUCUGGAAGGUCCUCGCUGGCGUCGUCGGCGCGGCCGACGCGCACUGCCGCAUGGGCUGGUGGGUCGACGGGCGGCGCCGGCUCACUGCGCCGGAGGUGCGCAACUACUUCGGCAACGUCACCACGUUCGCCGUCCGGGAGGCGCGCGUGCAGGAGCUCCUGGGGAUGCCGCUGCCGGACGUGGCGGCCAUGGCGCGCGAGGCGAUCGCGGCGCCGGCGUACGACGAGCACUUACAGGAGCUGGUGGACUGGGUGGAGGAGCACAAGAGCGAGCGGUACGUGGAGACGGCGACCCUCGGGCUGGGCAGCCCGACGGUGGGGGUGACAUCGUUCGCCUCGUUCCCGCUCGAGACGGACUUCGGCUUCGGCCACGCCGCGCUAGCGAUGCCGACGUCCGGGUCGAGCGCGAGGCUGUGCUCAGGGUUCCUGCAGAUCGUCCCGCGGCCUGGGGGCGACGGGUCAUGGACGGCCAGCGCCUUUGUGUGGCCGCGGCUCGCUGCAGCGCUCGAGUCCGACGAGCGGCGGGUCUUCAAGCCUGUCACCGCGGAGUACCUUUGGCCUGUCUGCUCCAUAGGCCUGGCCCACGGUCGAGCUGACCAGCCAUGCCCAUGGUAGAGUUUGCGCGCACACAAUUUGUUUGCCGAGUCGUUGGUAACUUGGUAUAAAUCGCACAGUGGUAAUCCUGUUCCUGUGUAGCGUAAUAAAAACAGGGAAGGCUAAAUGAUGCGUGGGCAUUUUCUUACCCUGCACCUAUUUUUUUUUCUUGCACCAAAUUUUCACCUUCCUCUUCAACUCUAGCAACAUCCAGGUUCAUUAUCUCAACCUAUGGCUAGAUCUACCUCCUCUAGUGAGUGGAGACAAUCGGUGAGGGAUUGGGAAUUUAGGUUUGGGGAAUUGCCGGGAAAUGCCCGACGGCCCUCGCUCGGGCUAGGCAGCCCGACGAUGUG